UGCCCCUGCCCAGCUAGUCCAAAGCAGAGCAGAGGGAAGGAGAGCAGAGGCGGACGCGAAAGGCGACUCCGCUGGACCAGUGCUCAGCAGCAUCACCACCAGCAGCAGUUCCAGCGUUGCGUUUCUUGAUAACCACCCCAGCACUACUCCGGAGCCUUAACGGGGGUGGCCCCCAAAGAAAAACAAGAAUUAAAAAUUGAAACCCCCCUCCCUCUCUCCCCUCCUAAGCCAGUCAUGAGCCAAGUCCAGCGCUGGAAUGGCAGCCACUGCAGCCGGGCGGAGAUGGUGCCGGAGAUCGCCGCCGCCGUGGGCUUCGUCUCCAGCCUGCUCCGGACCCGAGGCUGCGUCAGUGAGCAGCAGCUCCAGGUUUUCAGCGGGGCUCUGGAAGAGGCACUCACAGAACAUUACAAACAUCACUGGUUCCCUGAAAAACCCUUCAAAGGCUCUGGCUACCGCUGUAUCCGUAUCAACCAUAAAAUGGACCCUAUCAUCAGCAAGGCAGCUAGCCAGAUUGGACUCAGCCUCCAGCAGCUAUAUCAACUCCUGCCCAGUGAACUCACACUGUGGGUGGACCCUUAUGAGGUAUCCUACCGCAUUGGUGAGGAUGGCUCCAUCUGUGUUCUCUAUGAAGCAUCUGCAGCACCUGUGAGCUCCUAUGGGAUGCUCACCUGCAAAAAUCAGAUGAUGUUGGGGCGGACCAGCCCUUCCAAAAGCUACAUGAUGACAGUCUCCAGCUAAGCACUCCCAGUUGUCUUUACAUUGCCAAGACCUGGGCUACUGUAUACCUCACCUGAGGAUGUAUUUUUUAAAAAAUGAAGAGCUAUUUAUAUUUUUUUAAAAAAGAGAAAAAAUUCAAAAUGAAAUCCAAUAGCAGGCACCACUUUUCUGUGGAGUGGUGUUGAGGUGCCUUUAUAAAGCUGUUGCAAGCUUGUAAGUUAAUUAAAAAAGAAUGCCAAUAUCUACCUAAUUAGUGUUGGAUGACAAUUCUGGAAGGUUGAUCUGCCUAUUUGGGAAAUGCAGGGUUGGAAAUAAGUUGGGGGUGGGGCAGGGCACAGCACUUUUCAGCAACGUCUCACUAUGGGGUAAAUAUGACAACUGUGAAUUUAUAGGCCACAGUGCCAGGAUGGUAGUACUUCAGUGAUCAGCCACAUAGAUCGAUUGGGAUGUCAUGACCUCAUUCUAGCCAUGGUGCUUCUCUCUUCUCAAAAGCUCUCUUUUCUCUCUCUUACACUGAGGAGUUGCUUCAUCACCAACUUGAGUUUCGGUCCCAACAUGAACAACUUCUUCCACUUUUGUCACGGGAGAAGGAUUUUGCUAAAGCACCCAGCCACAAUUAUAGCCACUCCUUGGUCCAUUGGGUGGUGGGUUUCUAAGUGCCAGCCCAUCAUUUUUUGCACAAAAUCAUGACUUCUUUCUGCACUUCAUCCUGUGUUUCAUGCUCAUCCAAAAACCCAGUUUACAUUUAAAUGUGUGGCUUCUGAAAUUAGAAGGGACAUUUCCUUGGUAAAGAGAUUGAAGAUCUGGGCUACAUAGCUGUGUGGCCUGUUACUUUUAGUGGUCAGCUCUAAACAACAAAGUGCAAUGGCCAGGCUAAUAAUGAACUAAAUCUACCUGCUGGGAAAAUGCCUUUACCAGGCUUUUGUCUGUUCUACUGCCUUUAUCUUGGCCUUUUAAAAUUCCUGACAAUGCUGCCAAUAACUGCUGAGAGGUGAUUACAAAACCUAGGGCACUUAACUGCUUUCUAUUUUUAAAAACAGCAGCACCCUUUGGGCUCUACUUUGGAUAAUAUGGUGUGGUUGGCUUUUGUCCUACUUUUCAUUCAUCCCCAAAGCUGCUCCUCCUCUGCCUUUUGUGAAUUGAGUUCUCAGAUGCUGUGCAAUAUGUUUCCUAAAAUUUGGGCGCUCUGGAGGAGGAACAGUUUCUAUGGGACAGUUUCCUGUCCUUGCAGCAACAAAUCCUUUUUCUUCAUCACAGCUCAUAGGAAUUCUAGAAUGUGCUUCAGAGCAUGAAUGUCUAGGAAAAGACAGCCACAAUGGCAUACCACUGAAGUAGAGCUGGGUAAUGUAUUUUGGACUGCAGCUUCUUGAAUCUGCCAGCCAGCAUGGCCUUGGGGAUGUGGAGAAAGUAAUUCUAACCCCGCCCCCCAAAGCCUUGCAUUUAAGAGGUAUGAUGGCCUUUUGUACAGAAUAGAUGAAACACAUAUAUUUUAAAAAAUAAUCUGCCAUAAAGUUGCUCCACACCGAAAUGAAUGGGUCACUAAACAAGAGGAUUAACUAUAUACUCUUGCAAAGUAUUCUGAUUCAUUUUAGUGGGGCUUGCACAGGUAAACUGAAUUGUAUUCCCAGAUUUGUAACAUAAAACAUUUGCAGCUGCACCAGUCCAUCUGUGAAUCAUUUACAGUAAUUUCUUCCAGUUCAAUAUGUGAAGCUCUUGUUUUAAGGCACAAAACCUCCGUUCAAUAAAUACAGUGGUUGCAAAGCACUCAAGUGUCCCCUAUAUGUUUAAAAAAAAGUGUUGCCACUCCGUUGGCAUAAUUGUGCAAUAUUUGGCAGCAUUACAAGGGAAACACUUUCUGCACUGUAGUUUCCCCUUCCACAGAAUGCUUCUGUUCAAAGUCUGCCUGGAAGCUUUGUUUCUUAUCUGAUGCAUUAAAAACCUGAUAUGAAUAGGAAUUGUAACAUAUCCAGGAAAAAUGUUUGUUUUGUUACACACCCUGCUUCUACUCCCCCCCCCCCCCCCAAAUGCCAGCAACUUGCUUGGCUUGCCAGGUUGGCAUGAUCAACACAACUCUUAUUUAAAAUUACUUUGUUAAUCUUACUCCCUCCAUAACAGCAAAGGGUGUUUUGAAGAGAAAAAAACAACCAAAUUUUUAAUCCACCUCCUUUAUUUUCCCUCUCCAACAUCCAUGAUAUGAAGGGAUGAUGAGGAAACACCAAAUAUCCUGCUAUUUUAUCUGGCGUGGAAUCUAGUAUUAAGAUUGUUUUUGUUGUUAGCACAGACAACCAAAUUUGGGCAGAAUCUGUUUUGUAACUUGUGCACGUGAAAGCUGUGAAUUGAUGUCUGCUCUUUGUUGCCUUUGAAUUACAAGCCUGACCCAACCAGUGCUGAAGAACUGUGUCUUAGAAACAGCCAAUAAGCAUGUGUGUCCUUCUCCCCCCUUUUCAAAAAACGUUAGCAAAAUUUGAGCUGGACUGUUGAGCGGGACCUAGUUUCAUAACUGGUGGAAAUAGUAACAAAGUUCGUAAGCUAUUUUGUGUUGGGGAGGGAUGAUUAUUGUACAAUAGUGUUUUUAUAUGCAAAAUGUACAGUUAUAUUGGGAAAUGUACACUUUUGUUACUUUAAUAAAAAUGUAGCAAUUUAAGUAUGUUGCUGGAAAGAUCUGA